AUGGGUAGAAGGAAUAUGUCUGACUUCAUCCUCAUGGGAUUGACAUAUUCUGAAGAGAUCCAGCUGGUCCUCUUUAGGCUAUUUCUCCUGAUAUACCUGAUCACCGUGUUGGGGGAUGCAGGGAUGAUGUUGAUAAUCCGCCUGUAUCUCCAGCUUCAAACCCCCAUGUAUUUUUUCCUCAGUCAUCUGUCAUUUCUUGACCUCAGUUACUCAACCAUCAUCACCCCUAAAACCUUAGAAAACUUACUGACUUCCACCAAGUAUAUUUCAUACCUGAACUGCUCCACCCAAAUGCAUUUCUUUGUCCUCUUCAGUGCCACUGAAGGUUCUUUUCUCUCCUCAAUGGCGUAUGAUCGCUAUGUAGCUAUCUGCAAUCCUCUGCAUUACCCAGUUAUGGCCACAAGACGCUGCUCCUCCCUUGUGUUUGGAUCCUAUUUGAUUGGCUUCAUGGACUCCUUUGUCAAUGUGCUUUGCAUGAGCAGAUUGGAUUUCUGCGACUCCAAUGUAAUCCAUCACCUUUUCUGUGAAGCACCCCCAAUAUUAGCCCUGUCCUGCACUGGCACACACGACACUGAAAUCACAAUAUCCAUUUUUGCUGGCUCCACCCUAGUGGUGUCUCUUAUCACAAUAUCUGUGUACUAUGUGUCCAUCGUGUCUACUAGCCUGAAAAUUACUUCCAAUUCAGGGAAGUGAAAAGCCUUCUCUAUUUGUGCCUCCCAUCUCCUGGGAAUCACCAUCUUUUAUGGCACUACUCAUUUUACUUACUUAAAACCAGGUAAGUCCUACUGCUUGGGACAGGAUCAAGUGGCUUCUGUUUUCUAUACCAUUGUUAUCCCUAUGUUGAAUCCAUUCAUAUAUAGUCUUCGAAACAAAGAAGUUAAAAAUGCUCUAAUUAGAGUCAUGCAGAAGAGAAAAUGCUCCAAGCAAUUAAAAUAA